AUGAAUGCGAGCCCCCAGGAAGCUUUGGUCUCCUUGUUUCUGCAGUUCAUUGAGGAUCGGGGCCGGUGGGCCUACAGGGCCCUGAGCCAGACGCGCCGCCCCCAGGAGCUGCCGCACAACGCAAUGAACUUGCUGCACCGCAAGAGCAAGGUGGAGUGGAAACAGAGCAAGGACGACGAGCCCAGGAAGGGGUCGGCCAAGGAGCCCGGCGUGGGCCGGGUGCGGGACGCAGCCUCCUUCCGGCGCCACUUCAGGAUGGGGUUCAUGACCAUGCCGGCCUCGCAGGACCACACGCCGCACCCCUGCGCCAGCAGCAUGACCCCCCGCUCCCUGUCCUGCCACUCCGUGGGCAGCAUGGACAGCAGUUCGGGGGACGGGGCCGCCGGCCCCCACAAGCCCCCGGCGAAGCCCCAGCGCCGGCCCAGCACCAAGCUCAGCGCGGAGGCCCGGACCGCCCCGGAGCCCGUGGGGAGCCGGAAAGGAGGGCCCCAGAAGCCGGGUGCAGAGGGCCGGGAGCCUGGGCGUAAGGUGCCCCCGCAGAAGCCGAAGCGCAGCCCCAGCACCCACCUGUCCGUCUCCCUCGACGAGGCGCACACCGGGCGGCUGCCGGGCCCCGCGGCCGGGGGAGCCAUGCAGCGCUACGGGCGCGCCUCCCCCCGCGGUCGGGCGAAGGACUCCGGCCCCGAGGGGGACGAGCCGGUGUACAUCGAGAUGGUGGGGGACAUCUUCCGGGGGCCCGGGCCGCCCGCGCAGCUGCCGGCCACGGCGGACGAGGACUCCGACGAGAGCGAGGCCAUUUACGAAGAGAUGAAGUACCCGCUUCCCGAGGAGGGUGGGGAGGCCCGCCCCAACGGGGCCCCGGGCUCCCCGCAUCAGCGGCCCGCCAAGCGGGAGGCCGCAAAGGCCGCGACAAGCGCCAAGACGUCCCCGUGCGAGAUCCCGCCGCCCUUCCCGAACCUGCUGCAGCACCGCCCCCCGCUGCUGGCCUUCCCCCAGGGCAAGCAGGGGUACAAGGCGGCCGGCCAGGACGGCUCCCGGCUGCCCGUGCCGUGCCACGCGAAGGAGGGCCCCCCCACGCCCAUGACGCCCCAGGCCCCCGGGCACCACCACCCGCGGGGGGGCGAGGGCGCCGGCCUGGGUCCCUCCGGCCGUGCUCGCAGCCACUCCACGCCGCUGCCCCCGCAGCCCACGGGCCAGAGCAAAGCGGAGAAGGACAUCCCCAACUCGCACAGCAUGAUCUGCCCCCCGGCCAAGCCGGCCCCCGCGCCCCCCGCGGCCCCUGUCCCGUCCAUGCUGCCGGUGAAGGAGAGGCCGGCGGUCUCCUACACCAUGCUGUACUCGGCGGUCAAGGUCACGACGCACGGGGCCCCGGCCGAGCAGCAGGCGGAGAAGGAGAUCGCGGUGCUCCACGGCAUGCUGUGCGCGCGCCCGGCCGCCGUGCCCACCUGCAAGCCGGGGCAGCGGCUGAGCGCCCUGCCCGAGCCGCCGCCGCUGGGCAUGGUUUGGACGUACCCCGCGCCCUGCGUGGGGAUGAAGCGCCCGCCGGCCUAUGAGAGCGUCCGCGGCGCGGGGGCCAAGGCCUCGUCGGCCGUGAAGAUCCAGCUGCAGGACCGGGCCUUCGCCAGCAUCGCCUGCUCCCACGUGCUGUCCGGGGACACGGGCGGCCGGCCGGCGGGGGAGGAGGAGCCCUUCGGAUGGGUGCUGCAGAGGCGAGCGGGCUUCGCGGGCCGGAAGGGAAAGGAGGCAGAGGGUGCCACGGAGGGCCCCCAGGCCUGGGACAGGAGCGACGGCGCGCAGGCCAAGGCGGAGAAGGAGGAGAAAGGCCCGCCGGCCGCGCUGCACUCGGGAAUCCCUGUGCGCGCCCCGGGACCCGAAGGGCUCGCCACCAGGGCCGCAGGGGGGAGGACGGGCCUGCCCAUCCCCUGCCAGACCUUCCCCGCCUGCCACCGUAACGGAGAUUUCACCGGCGGCUUCCUCCUGGGCCGCUCCGCCUCCACCUCUGGCGUCCGGCACGCGGUGGCUCAUGCGCAGAGGCCGUGCGGCCACCCCCGGGACCCAGCCAGCUUGGCCUUGCAGCAGGCCCAGCUGCCCGUGCCGGGGGCCUCGCAGAGCGCGCGCGAGCGGGACGGCAAGCUGCUGGAGGUGAUCGAGCGCAAGCGCUGCGUGUGCAAGGAGAUCAAGGCGCGGCACCGCCCGGAGCGCAGCCUCUGCAAGCAGGAGAGCAUGCCCAUCCUGCCCAGCUGGCGGAGGAGCACGGAGAGCCGCAAGUCCGGGACGCCGCCCUGCCGCCGCCAGCAGACAGUGCUGUGGGACACGGCCAUAUGA